AUUUGUAACUUGGAGGUGUUUAUUACUUCUGGCUUCAUGCUAUUUGCUUUGGAAGUUUCAUUUCUUUUUAUUUCGUAUAUACCCUUAAAAUGCUAUUAGUGCUACUUUAAAAAUUAAGGGGAAAAGUAAUUAUUUGUUGUGCUUUUCAAACUACAAUGAGCUUAUACAGAGCAAGAAUUCAAGCUUUUAAAAAUCUUCUAGAUAAAGAGGAAGUGGACAUAGAUGCUCUUAGAAAAUUAGCAUUUCAUGGAGUGCCAGAUAAGAGAGGCCUUCGCUCACUAGUAUGGAAAAUUUUACUUCACUACAUUCCACCUGAGAAGGGUGCUUGGGAAUCAGUUCUGCAAAAACAGAGACAGCUCUACAAACAAUUAAUUGAGGAGAUAAUUGUCUCUCCUGGGGGACCCACAGAUCAUCCACUGAGCAUAAGCCCUGAAAGUUCAUGGAGUAAUUACUUUAAAGAUAAUGAGGUUCUACUUCAAAUCGAUAAGGAUGUGAGAAGACUUUGUCCAGAAAUAUCCUUCUUUCAAUCAGCCACCGAAUUUCCUUGCUUAGAAAUAGUUAACAGUAAUGGAGUGAAGAGAUUACAUAAAAGAGUUGAACAAUCUGUUUUGAACUAUUCUACUUUGGAGAGAAGAGGUCUCGGAGUCGCAAAGUUAAGCAAUGAAAUCCGUAGAUCGGAGAGCUUAACAAGCGGUGAUUACGCGCCAUUGAACGAAGGCAGUGAGGCACAUUGGGAAGUUGUUGAACGAAUGUUGUUCCUAUACGCCAAAUUGAACCCGGGACAGGGCUAUGUGCAAGGCAUGAACGAAAUCAUGGGACCGAUAUAUCACGUUUUUGCUAUAGACCCGGAUGAAGAGUUUCGAAAGCACGCGGAAGCGGACUGCUUCUUCUGUUUCACGAAUUUAAUGUCGGAAAUCCGGGAUUUCUUCAUACGGACCCUAGAUGAGACUGAGAGCGGAAUCAACUAUAUGAUGUCGAGACUUAGCGAUUGCGUGAAACGGAACGACAGGGCCGUGUGGGACCGUCUCGAGAAACAGGAACUUCGGCCGCAGUACUAUAGUUUUAGAUGGCUCACGCUUCUUUUGUGUCAAGAAUUCUCGUUACCCGACGUUGAACGGAUAUGGGACUCGCUCUUUGCUGACACCAAUCGAUUUGACUUCCUCAUCAACAUUUGCUGUGCCAUGAUUUUACUUGUGAGAGACAAUCUUCUCAGCGGAGAUUUUGCGUCAAACGUCAAACUUCUACAAAAUUUCCCGCCAAUGGACGUCAGUCUCAUAUUAAACAAGGCCGUCCAAAUUUCUAAUAAUUAAAUUUAUAACAUUUAGUGAAAGUUGGUAUGUCAGUGUAAAUUUCUACAUUAGAUAUAAAUAUUGUUCAUUUGAUAUGUAUGUGUCCAUGUUUUGCUAUUUUUAAACCAUACGUAUUUAAAAGAAAGAAAAAUGGGUAUUAUGUCGCUGAUUUUUAACUGCAAUUUAAUGUUCAAAACUAAGUGCAUUUCAAAUUAAAUUCAAUGUCUCAAACAUACAAUAUAUGAUCUAAGACAUUGCAGGACAAUUUUCAUCAUCAAAAUCAUAUUUAUUACUAAAAUUUAUUUUUUGAUUAUUUUUAUGAAUGUUGGCAUAUCCAAUAUUGAUAAUAAUUUUAGUGUCAUAAGUUAGAUAUAUUUUUUGUAAGAUUAUUUUUGUUAUAAUUUUAAGAUAUAUUUUACAACGAUUUUACUCAUAGAGAUUUUAUAAAACUCACCACAAGUACAUGACUGAUUAAUUGUUCAUUAAACUAAAGCCAGCUUAAUAUACUUAAAUCAUUUCAACAUAUUUUGAGUAACUUUGUUUAAGAAAUAAAAUUGCCUUCCUUAGAAUUUUUAUAGCUUUUGUUUUUUUAUUAAUAUCAAUAAGGCAUUUGAUAUCAUCUUAUUAUUAAAUUGUGUGUCAGCAGAAAUGUUAUAUUAAAUAUUAACAUUAUUAAUGCCAUAUAAUGUAUUAAAUUAAACUUAAGAUUUAUGGCAAUACAAAAUUAAAUUUGAAGGCAACUUUCAAAGUAGCGGUAAAAAGUUGUGGAGAUAUCACGUCCUUGUCUGACACCGCGAUCUUAAAUUGCCUUUGUGCACUGCUCUUGUAGUAUAGUAAAUUCUUCUGUCACCGAAUCUCAAAAUAUUUAAAUGAAUUCUUAAAAACAAUGACUUAUAUUACUUUUAAUUUGUUUGUUAUUAUUAACUUAGUCUUAAACUUGAAAGGCUCACACCAAAGUUGCAAUUUAAUUAUUUUUACAGUGCCAUAAAUACAUAAAAUAUUUGCACCGAAAAAUCUCUUUUCGUUUAUUUAACAACUUUAUUAUGUUUGUUCAACAAACUAGCAGCAUAUGAAUACGUAAAAGAUCGUGAUAAAACGUAAUAAUUAAAAGCCUAUGUUCAAUUUAAUACAAAACCUGUUUCGUUAUUUUUACUAUUAGAAAUGUCAAUUAAGUGUAGCCAUCUCCAACAAGACUUGUAUGUAUAAAAUUGUACUCUGUUACGAAUAUAAUCGAUCAUAUCUCAUCGCAAGCCUUUCAAUUUUAGAAAUUGACUUAAAUUUAGGUUUGCUAUUGACAAGAAAAUGUUUAAGAUAAUUUUAAGACUACUGAAAAAUAUGAGAAAUAUACGAUGACGAUUCGUGUCUUGUGUUAUUUAAAAAAUAUGAUAUCGUAAUCAUAACUAAGAACUGCUACUAAAGCUAACGAGUUCCAUCAUUGAAAAUGUUCGCAAUAUUCCAUGCCUAGAAAAAAAUCUAUAAAGAAUGAAUUAUACCCAAUUUUUUAAACAAAAUUCGUAAUUUCUCGUUUUUUUUUCGUUUCGGCCUAGAAGACUCAUAAAAUUAUGUAAUAAGCAUUAGAGAGGUACACCAAAACCAGUAAAUAUUAUUGUUCAAUUUAAUAUUCAUAAUGAAACAUGUUUGUACUGAAUAAUUUAGAUAGAAAAUAGUUAUUUAGGUAAUUAAUUCAUUAAUUUGUAAAU